AUGAUGUCGGAAAUCAUCAAACGCAUGGCCGUGCGAAAUCUCCGCAGCCUCACCGCUGCGCUGAGCCAGCCCGCUUCCUGUUUGGGCAGAAGAUCAUUGGCCACCAGCGUCCCUCCAACAUCGACGCCUACGCCCCCCUCCGGAUCCACAAUCUCGCUCAAGUCCGCCACCAGAGACGAGUCCAAGUACGGCACAAGACCGAUCUACUUGGAUGUCCAGGCCACCACACAAACGGACCCCAGAGUGUUGGACAAGAUGUUGCAGUUCUACACGGGGCUCUACGGUAACCCGCACUCGUCCACGCACUCGUACGGGUGGGAAACCGAGAAGGAGGUGGAGGCUGCACGGAAACACGUUGCGGACGUGAUUGGUGCGGAUCCCAAGGAGAUCAUCUUCACCUCUGGUGCGACCGAGUCCAACAACAUGGCCAUCAAGGGUGUGCCGCGCUUCUACAAAAACACCAAGAAACACAUCAUCACCACCCAGACAGAACACAAGUGUGUUUUGGACUCGGCCAGACACUUGCAGGACGAGGGCUUCGAGGUGACGUACUUGCCUGUGUCCACCGAGGGCUUGAUCGACUUGGACGAGUUGAGAAAGGCCAUCCGCAAGGAUACCGCGUUGGUUUCCGUCAUGGCGGUCAACAACGAGAUCGGUGUCAUCCAACCUUUGAAGGAAAUCGGCCAGAUUUGUAGAGAGAACAAGGUGUUCUUCCAUACCGAUGCCGCCCAGGCCUACGGUAAGAUCCCCAUCGACGUCAACGAAAUGAACAUUGACUUGAUGUCCAUCAGUUCGCACAAAAUUUACGGUCCCAAGGGCAUCGGUGCGUGCUAUGUCAGAAGAAGACCUAGAGUUAGAUUGGACCCUAUCAUCACCGGUGGUGGCCAGGAGAGAGGCUUGAGAUCUGGUACCUUGGCUCCUCCCUUGGUGGCCGGUUUCGGUGAAGCUGCUAGACUUAUGACCCAAGAGCUGGCCUACGACAAGGCUUACAUCGAGAAGCUCUCCAACAAGUUGAAGAAUGGUUUGUUGCUGAUUCCCGAGACCCAGUUCAAUGGUGUUGCCUCCGACCAGUCCAAGCAAUACCCCGGAUGUGUUAACAUUUCGUUCGCAUACAUUGAGGGAGAAUCUCUCCUCAUGGCUUUGAAGGAUAUCGCUCUUUCCUCUGGUUCCGCCUGCACUUCUGCUUCAUUGGAGCCAUCGUACGUUUUGCACGCCCUUGGCGCAGACGAUGCAUUGGCCCAUUCUUCUAUUCGUUUCGGUAUUGGACGUUUCACCACAGAGGCUGAGGUGGACUAUGUCAUCAAGGCAAUCAAUGAACGUGUUGAGUUCUUGAGACAAAUGUCUCCAUUGUGGGAGAUGGUGCAAGAUGGCAUUGACUUGAACACCAUUGAAUGGAGCGGUCAUUAA